GGCCGGGGGCGCGGGUGUCGGCGGAUCGCUGCGCGGCGUGCAGGUGAAGUGGACGCAGGACUGUGCUCGGCGUGUUCCGCGUGUGGGGAAGCCGCGGGCAGGCCUUCUGGAACGGGAGAGUCCAGACAUUUUAAAGAGGCCAGUUCAGGAAGGAAACUUACGUUCCUCUGUGAAGCCACUGGAUCGGAGGGCCUGAUGGCUGCAAAAUCCCAGCCCAAUGCUCCCAAAACCAAGAGUCCGGCCAGCGUCACCAAUGACAGGGCUGUAUCUCAAGGACAGUGGGGCCGUGCCUGGGAGGUGGAUUGGUUUUCCCUGGCGAGCGUCAUCUUCCUGCUGCUCUUCGCGCCCGUCAUCGUGUACUACUUUAUCAUGGCCUGCGACCAGUACGGCUGCGCUCUGACAGCUCCCGUGGUGGACAUCGCCACCGGCCGUGCUCGGCUCGCAGACAUCUGGGCCAAGACCCCACCUGUGACGAAGAAAGCGGCCCAGCUCUAUGCCUUGUGGGUCACCUUCCAGGUGCUUUUGUACACAUGGCUUCCUGACUUCUGCCAUAAGUUUGUGCCCGGCUACGUAGGGGGAGUGCAGGAAGGGGCCGUGACGCCUGCAGGGGUUGUGAACAAGUACGAAAUCAACGGCCUCCAAGCCUGGCUCAUCACACACCUCCUCUGGUUCGCCGGUGCCCACCUCCUGUCCUGGUUCCCGCCCACCAUCAUCUUCGACAACUGGAUACCGCUGCUGUGGUGCGCCAACAUCCUCGGCUACACCGUGUCCACUUUCGUGAUGAUCAAGGGCUACUUCUUCCCCACCAGUGCCAAAGACUGCAAAUUCACAGGCAAUUUCUUUUACAACUACAUGAUGGGCGUUGAGUUUAACCCCCGAAUUGGGAAGUGGUUUGACUUCAAGCUGUUCUUUAAUGGACGCCCUGGGAUUGUUGCUUGGACCCUCAUCAACUUGUCCUUUGCGGCUAAACAGCAGGAGCUCUACGGCCAAGUGACCAACUCCAUGGUCUUGGUCAACGUCCUCCAGGCCAUCUAUGUGCUGGACUUCUUCUGGAAUGAAGCCUGGUACCUGAAAACCAUGGACAUCUGCCACGACCACUUUGGGUGGUACCUGGGCUGGGGCGACUGUGUCUGGCUGCCGUACCUUUACACGCUGCAGGGUCUGUACUUGGUCUACCACCCCGUGCAGCUCUCAGCCGCCCACGCCAUGGGCGUCCUGCUGCUGGGCCUGCUGGGCUACUACAUCUUCCGCAUGGCUAACCACCAGAAGGACCUGUUCCGCCGCACGGACGGCCGCUGCCUCAUCUGGGGCAGGAAGCCCAAGGCCAUCGAGUGCUCAUACAUGUCCGCUGACGGGCAGAAGCACCACAGCAAGCUGCUGGUGUCGGGCUUCUGGGGCAUUGCCCGCCACUUCAACUACACCGGCGACCUGAUGGGCAGCCUGGCCUACUGCCUGGCCUGCGGGGGCGGCCACCUCCUGCCCUACUUCUACAUCGUCUACAUGGCCAUCUUGCUGGUCCACCGCUGCCUGCGGGACGAGCACCGCUGCGCCAGCAAGUACGGCAAGGACUGGGAGCGCUACACCGCCGCCGUGCCCUACCGCCUGCUGCCUGGGAUCUUCUAAGGCAGCGGUCCCCAACCGUCAUGGCCCCAGUGACCAGUUUCAUGGGA